AAAGUGGAUUAUUCUUUGCUAAUGGCGAAAGGAACCCCAUUGAAUUCUUUGCUUAAGCACAGAGGUAUAUACAAAGGAAUAAAGAGCUUUCCUUUCUUUCAACCAAAUUUUCUUUUCCCUGUUGUUUGUUCUUUUCCCCUCCUUCAAACACAAGAAUAUUCUUUCUUCACAGAGAAAAAAAUCAAAGAUAUACACGUGUGGAAGACUCAGAUUUGAGACCAUAAACACCCACAGUUUUAGCAAAUACAUCCAAUUGCCUCACCAUCACUUUGAAUAUCAUCAACAAAAUGUCUGCUGAUCAUUUGCAGUUCUUGAAGAACAAGUUCAUUCUGGACUUGGAAGACGCGGAGGAGGAACACUCCGGGGAAAAUGAGAUCCCCCUUCUCGCUCAUUUUCUACAGAUUAGAGAUGUGUUGAAAGCAAAGGACAUCACGGCAUCUACACCCAUCAGAUUGAAGAAUUGUCUAUACAACGCCAUCAGCGCAUUAGAAGAGUGCGUGGUGUUGUCGGAGAAGCGUGAGCCCCGAAAGAAGAAGGAUGGUCCGAUGCAUGGAUACACUCUGGCGGAGCAUUGGAUUUUAUGCAAAACCAGAAGGUUGUUGGUUCAAGUAAAGAGAAAGCUUACUGCUCCGGCUGAUGCCAUUAUUCCUGGUAUGACCGACAUGGCCGCAAGUUCAUCCUCCACCUCCUUACCACUCAUUCCAAGACCAAAGUUUUGGAAUUUUCAUCCCUACGAUUUUCGAAGUUUUUAUGUACAAAGAAAUGAAAUUAUUGAUCGACUUGAUUUUGGGAAAGGAUUUCAGGAAAUCGGAAUCGUGGGGAUCGGGGGAUCGGGUAAAACCACUCUGGCCCAAUUGGUUUUUACUAAAAUCGAUGGGUAUCUACGGGAUAACAGAAUUUGGAUCUGCUUAUUCCCGAAACUGAGUGGAGAUGUGGACUUCAAGGAGAUGAUAAAAGACAUGUUGAAGCAGUGCGGGGCAGCAGCAGUGGUGGAUGAUGGGGUAGAAAUAGAAGUAGAAGAGCUGUUGGAGAAUCUUGGGAAAGCUUUGAAGGGUAAAAGGUAUUUGAUGGUGUUGGACGGCAUCUGGGACAUCAACAUCCACUGGUAUUUCAAGUUAAAGGAAAAGUUGAAGUCUCUAACUGGUGAUGGUGAUGGUGACGUCAUCAUCACCAGCCGUCUCCCCCACAAAGCAAGAAUGAUGGUGGGCCCUCACAAUCUGUAUCACAUACAGCCUCCAUUAAAUUCCAUGGAGGACAUGCCGGCAUUCAGUAUAAGAUUGCAUUUACUUGGAAGAUAUAAGUUGAAAUUGAAGGAUGAGGUUAUAGAGCAAUGUGAUGGCCUCCCAUUAGCAAUGCACACAUUGGCACCAGUGAUUGAAGACCAGAUCCUGGGAAAAGGGUAUUUAUUUUUGCUUGGACCUGCUCCGAUGGUGUUGGUCAACCUUGAAGAUGAUGCUAUAUUGGGAAAUGAGCUUUUGUUAUCAUGGCGUGCCAUCACAGAUGAUGAAGAUCUGGUGAUAGAUGUAUCAAAGCUUCUUCUUCAUGAUGUAUUCAACAAAGUCCAUCAAUUUCUAUCAUCUUCAAGGGAAUCAAGAUAUAUGAUAAUAGUUUUGAGUGGGGAUGCAAUGGCUAAUCAACUCAUGCAAGUAAUCAUGCAAGUAGUCAGAAAUCUCAAGCUUGAUUCAAACCCACCAAUUCUCUUAUUAUUACCUUUGGAUCAAAGCAAUAUUUCUUUUCACUUGGAGAAUCAACCACCAGGAACAUUACCUAAGCAUAUGAUCGAAUUAUAUACAGAGUCGUUGAGGAAACCAAAAAAGGAUAUAGACAGGUAA